AUGCUACGUCGCAGCGCUGCACUCGCGCGCAGCGCGCGGCCCCCCGCCAGGCUCUCCCAGCAGCAAGCUUCAUCAACCCCGGCUGCCGCUGCCGCGGCGCGCCCCUUCAGCACCCAGACCAGCAAGAACCACGAGACUUGGAGGGGAGACAACGACGACGACGCCCUGCCCAAGGUCAAAAGGCGAGACGGUAGUGUAGAAGUGAUAGGGAACGUCCGGGGCUUCGUCGACUACGAGCGCAACCCCGAGCCCUACCGCGCGCCCAUGGAGCGCGUCACGGACUGGGAGGAGAUCAACUCCGAGGGCCACGACCCCGUCGAGCGCAUCGUCCAGGCGGCUAGGUGCAUGGACUGCGGGACGCCGUUCUGCCAGACGCACACCGGGUGUCCCGUGAACAAUCUCAUUCCCGAAUUCAACGCUUUGGUGUAUCAGGACCAGUGGCGCAACGCUCUCGAUAGAUUACAUCAAACGAAUAACUUCCCGGAGUUUACGGGCCGCGUCUGCCCGGCGCCGUGCGAGGGCGCGUGUGUUGCGGGUCUCAUUGAUUCUCCAGUCACGAUCAAGAACAUGGAGUACGCGAUCGUCGAGCGCGGCUUCGCCGAGGGCUGGAUCCAGGCGAGGAUUCCCGAGACGAGGACCGGAUUAUCCGUAGCGGUCAUCGGCUCCGGCCCCGCCGGCCUCGCCUGCGCCGACGUCCUGAACCAGCAGGGCCACAAAGUAACCGUCUAUGAAAGAGAGGAUAGACCAGGAGGCUUGCUGAUGUACGGGAUCCCGAACAUGAAGCUCGACAAGGGCAAGGUCGAGCGCCGCGUCAACUUACUGGAAGAAGAAGGUAUCGAAUUCGUUUGUAAUGCGGAGAUCGGCGUCAACGUCAACGUCGAGACGAUUCGCAAUGCCAACGACGCUCUCGUGUUGUGCACGGGUGCUACCAUACCCAGAGAUUUACCGGUACCAGGCCGCGACGCCAAGGGCAUCCACUUCGCCAUGGAGUUCCUCACGAAGAACCAGAAGCGCCUGAUGAUGACGCGCGACGGCACGCUCGAGUCGGAGUGGGGUGAACAUAUCACUGCUGAGGGCAAGGACGUCAUCGUCAUCGGCGGCGGCGACACGGGCACGGACUGUAUUGGUACCAGUAUGCGCCACCGCUGCAAGUCCAUCGUCAAUUUCGAGUUGAUGGGGCGCCCGCCGGACGCGCGGGCCGAUUCCAAUCCGUGGCCCGAGUGGCCCAAGGUCUACGGCGUGGACUACGGGCACGGCGAGGUCCAGGCGGUCUUCGGGCAGGACCCGCGCGAGUAUGGGGUGAUCACGACGGAGUUUUUAGUUGAUGACGAUAACAACGUCAAAGGUCUACGGACGUCGGACGCGAAGCUCGGCCCGUCAGGCGUCGAGAUCGUUCCUGAUAGCGAGCGGGAGUGGCCCUGCGAUCUGGUGUUGUUGGCCAUGGGCUUCGUGUCGCCCGAGCACGACAUUAGUUCCCAACUCUCGCUGGCCCUGGAUCCGCGCGAGAACAUCCGGGCGACGUACGGCGAGUACGCGACGUCCAUGGACGGCGUCUUCGCGGCGGGCGACUGCCGGCGGGGCCAGUCUUUAGUGGUGUGGGCGAUCAACGAGGGCCGCGGCGCGGCGCUGAAGUGCGACGCGUACCUCCAGAACCUCCAGAAGGCGACGGCGAAAUGA